AAAAGUCCAUGACGUCCAUAUUUACUAAUUCCCCACGCUGCAGCAGACAUCCUCCAGAGUUCGACGUUUUCCCUAUUGACUCACAUCAAAGUUGAGAAAAAGAAAUUUACAAAUCAAUUCAUAUCAAAAUGGCAUCUUUACGUAUUGCUCGUCGGGCGUUCCGUGCCUCAAUGCUUAAUACUUCUCGACCCUUUUCCAGCACAACAUUCCGCUUCGCAAAUGCCAAUCCCGGUAAUGCAGAAGAGCAUGAUGGUAAUGAAGAGUAUCGAAAAAAGCAAAAGGAAAAGCCAUUGAAUCCUCAUAUGACGAAUACCAAUUCUACAAUUGUGAACGAAAUGCCUAGUGUUGGAGCCAGCAGACCUCCACCUGAGCUUAUUACAAGUGUGGAUGGGAAAUUUACUCCAAAGGAUAGUGUACCGGAGAAUACGGAUAGAAUGACUGGUGGUACACAGGAUGGUAAAGGAAGUGGUGUUAAUAGAGAGAUGGCAGUUGGAGAAAUGGAGGGGGCACAAUUUCGGGUUGAGCCAUUGAGAAGGGAUGGAGAGCAUGAAGAGAAGAUGAGGGCGAGAUUAUUAUGUAGGUUUUUUGACAAUUUACUACGCACUUCAUCUCCAUAUCAUUUAUUCACAAGAUUGGAACUUUGCUAACAGGGACUUCUUCUAGAUCAAUCCCGGAAACGGGGAACUCUAGAAUCCGAUCUUCUCAUGUCCACCUUUGCCGAUGCUCACCUUCCUACUAUGACCGCUGCACAAAUGGUACAAUAUGAUCAAUUCCUUGAUGAAAAUGAUUGGGAUAUUUAUUAUUGGAUAACACAAGAACCGUCGCCAACAUCUCGUGAAACAGCUGAAGGUGCUGGUCUUGGAUCAGAAGGUGCUACAACCAAUGCUAUGGGUACAGAUCAAAAGAAAUCCCCAGUAGCACAAGGUACAGAUCCUGGUAAACAAACUGGACCUGAAUUAGAGACAGAUGCAUGGAGAAAUGGAGCACCAAGAAGUGGAGAAUGGGCACAAACCAUUGGAACAUUUAAACCUGCUUAUAGACCAGUACCAAAGAGAUGGCAAAAUAGUGAGAUUUUGGCCAUGUUAAGGAAACAUGUUAUUUCAAGAUCUGCUGGGGGUGUACAUGGAGUGGAAAUAAAUGAUAGUAAUGCAAGUGGUAAAGGUAUGGCAUUUAUGCCACCUAUUUUCCAGACUGAUCAAAAACGAUCAUGAGAUGGGAGGAGGCAUUUUUGGUCAGCGGGGGAAGGAAUUAUUAUAUGGUCUUUUCCUUGUAAAUAGGAACACAAUUCAUGUAUGACAUUAGUCGAGAUGGAAACAUAAUUAUUUUUAGUCUACAAUUUCCACCACACAUUAU